AUGAUAAAAAAAAGUAUAAUCUAACCUAAUUAAUAAAAUAAUUACUUUUCAGAAAGAAAAAAGAAUAAUAAGAAAGCUUGAAGGACGCAUGAAGUGGAUUAUUUAAAAACAAGGGGCGAAGGAAGACGCGUAAUGGUAAUGGCAAAGCAAAGUAGAAGUAUAGCUGAUUGAUGAGUGAUUGAAGAUUAAAGUUACCGGGCAUGGUUCGGGCGUCGGUGAAGGUCGGUUCCGCCAAAUUUGUGGUCAUCUGCGUUGGGCUUCUGGGCUUCGCUCUGGUUGCGGACUUUCUAUGGGCUUCUUCGUCUUCUACUCUCACCUCCAAGCCCGCCACAUUAGUUCUUCCCAGGGAGAAGGAAAACAAGAAGAACAAAAACGACGAUACCAAUAAAAAUGCUUCUUCCGGAAGAUUCCUCUCGGCGGCUUACGCCGAUUUGGACGCGCCGCAACUCCACUGGCACAAGAUGGCUCCUGCUCCCGUCCCCCGCCUCGACGGAGCCGCCAUUCAGAUUCGGAAUCUUCUCUUCGUGUUCGCCGGUUACGGCACAAUCGAUCUUGUGCAUUCUCACGUUGAUGUGUAUAAUUUUACCGAUAAUACAUGGGGAGGAAGAUUCGACAUGCCGAAAGAGAUGGCGCAUUCGCAUUUGGGAAUGGUGACCGAUGGAAGAUACAUUUACGUGGUCACUGGACAGUACGGACCACAGUGCAGAGGUCCUACUGCUCGCACGUUCGUGCUCGACACUGAAACUAAGCAAUGGCGGGAUCUACCUCCUUUGCCGGUUCCUAGAUAUGCACCAGCAACUCAACUUUGGAGGGGUAGACUGCAUGUGAUGGGUGGCAGUAAGGAGAAUCGGCAUACACCUGGAUUAGAACACUGGAGUCUUGCUGUUAAGGACGGAAAAGCUUUAGAACAGGAGUGGAGGAGUGAGAUACCUAUUCCCCGUGGAGGACCUCACAGGGCAUGUGUUGUGGUUGAUGACCGUCUUUAUGUUAUUGGUGGUCAAGAAGGUGAUUUUAUGGCAAAACCCGGGUCACCUAUUUUUAAGUGCUCACGCAGGCUAGAGGUGGUCUAUACUGAUGUAUACAUGUUGGAUGAUGAUAUGAAGUGGAAAAUGCUACCUCCAAUGCCAAAACCAAACUCCCAUAUUGAAUUUGCUUGGGCGCUUGUAAACAACUCCAUUGUCAUUGUUGGAGGCACAACAGAGAAGCACCCCGUAACCAAGAAGAUGAUUUUAAAUGGAGAAGUAGUCCAGUUUAACCUGAAUACACUGAAGUGGUCAGUGAUUGGAAAAUUACCAUUCCGGGUGAAAACCACUCUAGUUGGAUUUUGGAAUGGAUGGUUGUACUUCACUUCAGGACAGCGAGACAAGGGACCUGAGGAUCCGUCACCUAAAAAGGUCAUUGGAGAGAUGUGGAGAACAAAAUUAAAAUUGAAUGAGUAAGCAAUUGCUGUGGAACCUUUUAGUAGAGUCUCUCUCCAAAAGCAGAGGUGAAGAGGCCAAGAUAUUGCACAUUCUUUGUCAUUAUUAUAUUCGUUGUUGUAAUUCACUGAGAAUGACUGUAAUUUAAUUCAACAUUAACAGUUGCCACCGACCUUUUUACCUAUUGGCUUUUUAUUUUUUUUCCACGUAUAUUAAGCCUUUAGGUGUCCAUCUAUUGUAGUAAAUAUUGACAGAUGAACUUCGUUUAUGUUAAUUGUAAUUCUUAUAGGCUUA